AUGCACUCAAGGCAAUACCAAAAGGAACCGAGGGCUCUCUAUCCCCGAGCUGGAGCACGCAUUGGCGACGAAAGGGGUGAUCCCAAAUUUGAUAGUGAUAACAUCACAGCUUAUGACGAAAUCCUCUCUGUCUGCGCUGGACUUGUUACAGUCGAUGAGGAAAGCAACGUCAUUCGCCUGGUUCAUUGUACAGUGCAGGGAUACCUCGAGAGGACACAGGGAUAUUGGUUCCCGGAAGAUGACGACAAUAAUCCUGUGAGAUAUGCAAACCCUGAGACAUACAUCACGCAGGUUUCCCUGACUUACAUGUCAUUUAAUUCUUUUGAAGAACAAGCACUUAGAUCCUGGGAGGACAUCGAAGACCGAUUGGAGUCAAGCAAGCUCUACGGUUAUUCUGCCCAGAAAUGGGGACAUCGUGCUCGAAAGGCCUCAAGUAUCCUACCUGAGAUCAUGAAAUUUCUCAAGCGCGGUAACAAGAUUGCAUCAAGUCACCUGCUAUGGUACGACGAUCGCCACUUUUAG